AUUCAUCCUUUGAAAGGUGCAAAGCUACAAAUCCAAAGUACAAAAGUGGUGUUGGAAAACUUCACCCCGGGGAACUGGGGAAGUAUAUUUUCUUCUUUUUUGGUGGUUCUAGUUGUUGGAGGAAGAUAUUGUAAUCAUGAAUGUUGAAGAAGAGGUUCAGCGUCUCAGCCAAGAAAUCAAGAGGCUUGGUAAGGUCCAAGCAGAUGGUUCUUACAAGGUAACAUUUGGAACACUAUUUAACGAUGAUGAGUGUGCAAAUAUAUUUGAAGCACUUGUUGGAACACUAAGAGCAGCGAAAAAGCGUAAAGUACUGACAUACGAGGGUGAGCUACUGCUGCAAGGAGUCCAUGACAAUGUGGAAAUCACUCUUAAUCCUGCCCCUGCAGAAGCAGCAGCAGCUGCCAACUGAUACAAUGGUUACAUGCCAUACAGUAUCCUGUGCAACUUGAACCACCAACUCGUUUUUAUGACCCGUAAUACUAUUAUGCAUGAAUCUGUAAUAUGAGUGUGGAGACUUAAAAAUUCAUCUCGUAAAUAUUUGAGGUAAAUGUUAUAGUAUGAAUGAAAUGCUAAAACCAGGAUUCCUGGGUUGUGGUUUUUAUGAAAUUAUAUUCUACCUAUUUUUAUA